AUGAUUGAGACACCCGCCGACGUGGGCAAAGGAGGAAGAGAGCAGCGGAGGAAUAGCAGCUCUUCUAUACCACGACGAGGCGGUAGGGGCGGCAAUCAGGACGAUCCCCAUACCCACCCCGUUCUCAGGCGCAUCAGGAUUGUGCCAGCAUCGCCCUCCUACUUCACUGCGACGCCUCGCUACAUUGACGAUCUGCUGUCUCUGUCCGCGCUUCUUCGAAAAUACCAACUCCUGCCGGUCCUUCCACCAGGCGAUGCUCCACGAGUCGCAUGGAAGACGAUAGAUCAGUACAAGACCGAAGUCGCGGAGCCCGUGCGAGCCAAGAGCUACAAGAUGCUGCUGGAGUUGCUCAAGCGACUGAACUACAUUCAUCCAUCUCUCAUCCCCGCCGAUGUCACACAAACGCUGGAAAAGUACAAGCGAGUGGUGCAACCACAUCACAAUCGACCUAAACCAAUACUGGUCGACAAGUUUGGGAGGUCGAAGGCAGUCGGGAGGAGAAAGAGCAGUGUAGCGUCAGUUUUCGUCGUCGAAGGUGAAGGCAAAGUGCUCGUCAACGGCAAACCCUUGACAGAUUACUUUGGACGUCUGCAUGAUCGAGAAUCGGCGGUGUGGGCACUGAAGGCUACGCAGAGAAUGGACAAGUACAAUGUAUGGGCACUGGCUCGAGGUGGUGGAACGACAGGACAGGCAGACGCGAUUGCGCUGGGGCUCUCAAAGGCUUUGUUGGCACACGAACCGGACUUGAAGCCUGCGUUGAGGAGAGCACAUGUCAUUACACGCGAUCCUCGAAGCGUCGAACGAAAGAAGCCUGGCAAGCUCAAGGCUCGCAAGAUGCCUGCCUGGGUCAAGCGUUAA